GUCAUAAAACAACUUUUGAAUACUAGACAACCCCCUCCAAUUCAAAUUGCUAGACUCGGUUUUGGAGUAGGAAGAAGUUUUCUUCAGUCUGUUUUAAUUUUGUUAGAUUUCUGUGUGGGGCAAUUUCAUUGAACUUGUUAUUCUCUCUGCAAUGGAGCAUAGACUCUUGCUCAUUGCAACUCUGUUUUCUUUGCUUUGUCUCCUUCACCUUUCUUCAGCCCGCAAGGAGGGAGAGAAAUGCAUCAAGAACAGUGACUGCGACUCAGGAUUUCACUGCGAGACUUGCGUUGCAAACAAUAAUUUUUUGCCGAAAUGCACUAGAAUAAAGCCCAUAAGUCCAAUUUCUCAAGUGAAAACGCUGCCGUUUAACAGGUAUUCCUGGUUAACAACCCACAAUUCGUUUGCGAAACUCGGUGACAAGUCGGCGACGGGAUCUGUGAUUUUGGCUCCGACUAAUCAGCAGGACUCCAUCACCGAUCAGCUUAAUAAUGGUGUUAGAGGCUUAAUGCUGGACAUGUAUGACUAUUUAGGUGACAUUUGGUUAUGUCACUCGUACGGUGGCAACUGCUACAACUACACAGCUUUUCAACCUGCCAUUAGAGAACUGAAAGAAAUUACAGCAUUUCUUGAAGCAAACCCGUCUGAGAUUGUGACAAUCAUAAUUGAAGACUACGUUACAUCACCAAAGGGCUUGACCAAAGUGUUUGAUGCUGCUGGCUUGAGAAAAUUCUGGUUCCCAGUUUCAAGAAUGCCCAAAAAGGGUGGAGAUUGGCCAACAGUUGCUGAUAUGAUCCAGAAAAAUCAGCGUUUGCUAGUCUUCACUUCUAAGCAAAGAAAAGAGGCUGAUGAAGGCAUUGCCUACCAGUGGAGUUACAUGGUGGAAAACCAAUAUGGAAAUGGUGGCAUGAAAGCUGGAUCAUGUCCAAACCGUGCGGAAUCAUCAGCCAUGAACACAACAACGAGAUCAUUAGUCCUAGUGAACUAUUUCCGAGAUGUCCCAACCCUCCCUCAAUCUUGCAAAGAUAAUUCAGAUUCAUUGCUUGACAUGGUUAAUACCUGUUACAGUGUGGCUGCUAAAAGAUGGCCUAACUUCAUUGCCGUUGAUUUUUACAAGAGAAGUGAUGGUGGCGGCGCUCCUAAAGCUGUAGAUGUGGUAAAUGGUCAUUUAGUUUGCGGGUGUCCAAGCAUAGCCAACUGCAGGGCGAAUGUGAGCUAUGGAACAUGCCCGCCUGAGGCUGCUAUAGUCCCGGAAAGUGCACCAGAAAUUGGUGCUAGCAGCUUUGGUUAUUCAAAUAGAGGACCAGUGUUGUAUGGGACUGUUCUUGUGACCCUUACCUUCUUGUUGUCAUUGUAGAUUUUAUAACCUGAUCUAUUUAUUCUCUUCUAUAUACAUAACAUAAAUGAAAACAAAAAGAAAUUCUAGCCAACAUUAUUGAGCUAGAAUAUUUUGGACUGAAUA